CCCUCUCUCAAUCUCUGGAGCCUUCAAGGUUCAAAUUCCAAGUGGCUCCUCCCCACUCAGCCCUCCUCGUCUUCCUCGUUUCUUUAUGGGAACAAGCUGCUGCUCUUCGUCAUCACCACCAUCAUCAUCAUCAUCAUUGCCACGCGUCAUGGAGGUGAAAGUGAGGAGCAGGAGCGUCUUCAGCAGCGUCAAGGUGUUCGUGGCGUGUCACAGCGUGCUGCAGCUGUCGCAGCUCCUGGUGUCGGGCUACAUGAAGAGCUCCAUCUCCACCAUCGAGCGGCGUUACGGUCUCUCCAGUCAGAAGUCGGGGCUGCUGGCCGCCUUCAACGAGGUGGGCAACACACUGCUGAUCGUGUUCGUCAGCUUCCUCGGGAGUCGCGUUCACCGCCCUCGCGUUAUCGGCUUUGGCGCUCUGCUCGCGUGUUUGGCCUCGCUGCUGAUGGCGCUGCCCCACUUCCUGAGCGGGCCGUACCGCUACGGCGACAGGCGGUACCGGAACGGCGACCGCGCCGGCUCAGCCACCGGGAACAGCUCCGGCCUGUGCCACGUGCAGAGCGUUCUCCAUGCCAACUCCACCGCACCGUUGUCCAAUCAGAGCUGCGGCGAGCAUGAAAGCUCUGCCCACGAGGGUAUCUACCCUCUGCUGCUACUGGCUCAGCUGCUGUUGGGCGUGGGCUCCGUGCCCGUCCAGCCUUUUGGCAUCUCCUACAUCGACGACCAUGCCAGCAAGAAGAACUCUCCGCUCUACCUCGGCAUCCUAUUGGCCGUCACUGCCAUUGGCCCCGCCUUCGGCUUCCUCAGCGGCGCCUUUCUGCUUCGACUCUACGUCGAUUUUGACAAAAUGUCUGCAGAUGAGGUGGCGUUGGAUCGCGAUGACCUGCGCUGGGUUGGCGCCUGGUGGCUCGGCUUCCUGGUGGCGUCCUGUCUUCUCUUCAUGGCCGCGUUGCCAUACUUUUUCUUCCCCAGGGACAUGCCCCCGGAGGAUGAGUCGCAAGUAGACGAAAAGCGAGAGCCGGAUAUUUUCCAGGAAGUCAGCCUUCUUCACUUCCUUAAAAGUUUUCCCAGCAUGUUGUGUCGGACCCUGCGGCGUCCAGUCUACCUCCUGGUGGUCCUGGCGCAGGUCAACCUGGCCGCCAUGGUUUCCGGCCUCGCCACCUUCAUGGCCAAGUUCAUCGAGAAGCAAUUCAGCCACACGGCAGACUUCUCUGCCGUCAUUAUCGGUGGCCUGUGCAUCCCUCUGGGCGUGCUGGGCACCGUGCUAGGCGGAGUCGUGAUGCGGCGCUGGACUCUUGGUGUCACCGGCGCCAGCAAGUUCUGCGCCGCCGCCAUCUUGCUCAGCCUUCUCUGCGCCUUCCCUCUGGUCCUCAUGGGCUGCCCCACACAGAAGGUCGAUGGGGUCUUCCCACCUCGGCGUACAGCACCAUGGUGCAGCUCGGCAUGUCAAUGUGUCCAGGAAUCGUUUCAUCCGGUGUGCGGUUCUGACGGUGUCGAGUUUACGUCUCCGUGUCGUGCCGGCUGCGUCGCCGUGAAAAUGGACAGCGGCAACAAAGUCAUCAACUUCACAGAAUGUCGGUGCGUGGGCGGGGCCGGUGGCUCGGCCACGCCCAGAACCUGCGGCAGUGGGUGCGGCCGCUUCCUGUUGCCUUUCGUGGUCCUGAUGGCCGCCAGCUGUCUCAUCGCGUCCUUGUGCCAGACACCGUCCUUCGUCAUCAUCCUCAGGAUGGUGUCAGCGCGGGAAAAGUCGUUGGCAGUGGGCGUCCAAUACAUGCUCUUCAGGGUCCUCGCCUUCAUGCCCUGCCCGGUUCUCUACGGCACCGUCAUCGACUCCACGUGCGUCCUGUGGGACAGGAAGUGCGGCAAGCAGACUUCCUGUCUCUACUACGACUUGGACCGCUUCAGACACAGGUUUUUGGGUGUCCAAGGGCUCUUUAUGUGCGGGGGACUGCUGUGCUUCCUCUUGACGGUGCUGGUGCUGCACAGGAGGAGGGAGGGGCCUGCGGCCCCUGAGGCAGCCAAUCCGAGCGUCUACGAGCUGGUGGACAAGCACAGCACGGGACGGAAAGUGAUCCCACCCCAGGCCUGAGGAGGCUCCAGAGGACACUAUAGAAAGACCUAUGACCAUUUAUUCCAUGUCCUUACUCUCCAGUUUAAGGUCCUUGGACUAGUAGUACUCAUAAGGCACAGUCAUUCUACUAGUGUGCUGAGUUGUAUUACUAAUGAGGAGAAAGUGCGUACUAGUACAUGGACCUUAAGGUGGAUAUCAAGUAUAUGGAAUACAUGCUUAAAAGGCUUAACAUAGGUCAGGAUGCUGAGACUGAUUUUAGUUUUUGGUCCACUUCCUCUUUGUCAUGCAUGAUCAAGCGCAAUUCCAUUAAUGUCCACAAGGGGAACUCACUCCACUUGUGGAGCGGGCUACUUCCUGUUACGCUGCAAAGCUACGCAAUAAUGUAGCCCAGCCUCCACGCCGCCAUCUUGUGUCCGAAGUCUGCACAUACGUGUUUGUUUGUUGGUUUGUGUGUGUGCGUGCGUACAAGUGUGUCUGUGUGCUUGUCUUUGUGUGUGUCUGUGUGUGUGCGCAUAGGUAAUGUGUCCAUGGGUGUCUGUGGUUGUGUGUGUUUGUGUGUACGUUUUUGUGCAUGGACUGUAUGAGUUUUUGUGCACCUGUGUGUUCAUCUGUGGGUGUGCAUGCGUGUGUGUGUGUGCGCAUGAUUCGUCACCAAUGUUUAGCCUCGAAGGCCUUUUGUCGAUAUGGAUUUUGUGUGUGUGUUAACAUAAAUGUUUUUUCCUUU